AUGGUUCUCUUAAGAUCGGUCUUCGUCUCCGCUGCCCUGCUUUCGGGUUUCGUCUCUGCCCUUCCCACGUAUGGUGAUUCAUCAGAUGAAGUCCCCGUCUCCGCCCCCGAUGGCACUCCUACCUCGGAGCCCGCUAUGUCCACCUCAGCUGCAGGCUACGGGGGUUAUACACAGGAGGGAUAUAUGACAACCUCCUCUGAAAAGUCUGAACAGACAAUGACAAAUGACAAGAUGGAAUCCUCGAUGAUGGAGGAAAGUUCUUCCAUGAUGUACGAGACGAUGCAGCAGGAGUCCACAUCCACCUCUAGCUCGUACGAAUCCAUGCCCACGUACGGCUCUGGCAAAUCUGAUUGGGGUUCUGGUUACGAUGACUGUGUCCAGAAAUGUGUGGCCACUUAUGGUGCCCCCCCGGCAACCUACCAACCAACUGCAACUACCGGUAGCGAGGGCAGCUCGGGUUCUGGCUCCACUGUCACAGUUAUCGUUGCACCAACCCAGGGUGUCUUACGUUUCGUUCCCGCUGCCGUCAAUGCUUCUGUUGGCACUACCAUCAAGUUCAUGUGGGGAGCAGGUCCUCACACCGUCACCAAGGGUUCUGCCCUCCUUCCUUGCAACAAGAGUGCUGAGGCUCCAGCUUUCACUUCUGGUCAACAGGAGAAAGGCUUCGUUUACAACCAAGUCGUCAAUGAUACCAAACCUACCUUCUACUUUUGCGGCGUUCCGGGUCACUGUCAAAAGGGUAUGUUUGGUAUGAUCAACCCUACAAGCGAUGCGGGCGCUGCUACCUCCGUCGGCGGAAUGAUGCAGUCGAUGAUGGCUAAUAACUCUGACCUCCGGGCCUAUGCCACUUACACGAGCAACAUGACUCAAGGAAAGCCUGGCUCGAACUGGGGCAGCAACAUCAGCCUCAAGGAAAUCCCCGAGUGGGCACAACCGGAGGUCGCGUUGAACGUCAUGUACACUCGUAACCUCCUUGCGAUGAACCCUGAUAUCAUUAAGGCGGAUGGCACUGUCGAUUUGUCUUCUGUCACCAGCACUCCUUUGAUGAUUCCUCAGGACAUUGGCAGCCAACUCGAUGCUGCUGGCAACACCAACUCAGGCGCGGCUGGAAGCAGCCAGGCACCAGCUUCAACCGGAACAACGUCUGGAACAACGUCUGGAACUGCUCCUGGUGCCCAAUCAACCACCAACAGCGCCUCUACCAUGGCCUCACCUAAGGUCUUGGUUGCUGUGAUGGCUGUCGUCGCUACGUUCCUCGCUCUGUAA